AUGAUAUCUUCAUAUCCGUCAUUUCAUGGAACGAUCACAUCCGAUCAUAUAAUGCAUUCUUGGGGAGAAAUACAGGCUCUUUCAAGCAGUGAUGCGUGUAACGAAAAAUCAGAUCCUUUUAAAAAAGCACGAAUUGAGGUUUCAGAUGGGCUGGGACCAUUUGGAAUCACCGCUUGUUGUAAGAAAAGGUUCCUAGAUAAAGUAAAAUUAAUGAUAACAAUGCGUGAUAGUAUAAAUCGUUUAUUAAAAGAAUGUGAUUAUGUAUCGAAUGAAAAAAGAUUGGAAAUUAUAAAUUGUACUUCUAUGCUAUGGAUUGGAUGGGAUCUGGGUAUAUAUCGAUUUGGAUUGAUAGAUCGAUGCAGGAUACCUGAUAAUACUGAUGAUUGUGAUAUUAGAAGAUGCAUAUUUCAUUCUCAAGUUGCUCGAA